GGCUGACCGAUGAUGAAAGCCAGGAAACACGUUCCCCGGGGAUGUGGGGUGUCUACAGUGGAAAGUUUGCAUUGUUAUUUGUUGCCCUUCGGUUUCCGGAAGAUACCAUCUUGUUGGCGCUGGUUUACUUUUUUAUGGUUAUUAUUAUUUAUUUAUUGAUUCCCUACGGCCCGGUGAUGACCAUCCCACUAGGGGAUGAGGGCGUUUUGGGUGGUGUUUGGGAACGGAUCUGGGAUGGCUGGCCGAUCCGCCAGUUCUUUGUUUGUGUCUGCAUGGUUUGACAGCCUGUUGGGGAGUGACUCUCCCCUGGUGUACAUAGUGAAUGGGUGGGAUGUGAAUGCAUACCGGUCAAU